UGUCUCGCAACAGAUUAUGUGCUUUCUAAGAUUCAACAAUUUUGAAACAAGAGAAGAAAGAAAACACACCGAUAAAUUUGCCCCAACCAGAGAUGUUUUUGAUGGUUUUGUAACAAAUUGCAAGAUAUCUUUUAAUCCAUCUGUCCAUUUGCGGGUUUACAUGAAGAGUAAGCCGGACAAGUACGGCUUAAAAAUUUGGGCACUGGCUGAUUGUAGUUCGGCAUAUACAGCGAAUAUGCAACCUUAUUUAGGCAAAGUAGGAAACAAACCGGAGAAAGGCCAAGGACAAAGGGUAGUGAUGGACCUGGUAAACCAUUUAUCUUCAGGAUAUGGAAUAACUACUGAUAACUUUCUUACCAGUAUUGAGUUAGCUAAUAAGCUUUUAGAUAAAAACCUUACCUUGUGUGGUACACUGCGUAAAAAUAAACCUUAUAUUCCAAAAGAACUACUUCCAGCAAGAUAUAAGAAAGAUUUUUCAAGCAUAGGGUGGAAUCCCGAAUUCCCCGUAGUAUAGACAUUAUAGCGCUACUUGUUCAAAAAUGGCGCGUAUUAUUGAAUUAAAUUCAUUCAAUUGUCUUAUAAAAAUGUGUAAGUUAU